CGAGUUCGCAAGAAGUAGGACUUCGAUCUUGCCGGCGGAGAGAUAGAUAUAGUGAUCGAUGAAUGAAACUGCAUAAAUUGCAGUUAAGAUUCUACCAUGGAUGACCAAAACAUCCCAGACCCUGACCUUCUGUUUUCUUCAGAGGAUGAAAAGACAUUUGGAUCUGAGUCAGAGCUACCCUCUCUUCCCUUGCCAGAUCUCAAUCACACAUUACAGAGAUAUCUGGAGUCAGUUAAACCACAUGUCACAGACGAGGAGUAUAGACAGACAGAAUUUAUUGUUCAGCAGUUUGCCUCAGGUGUUGGAAAGGAGCUACACCAAAAAUUAGCAGAGAAAGCCAGGAAUGAAAGAAACUGGCUAGAGAAAUGGUGGGAGGAGAAGGGGUAUCUAGAACUGGGUAUCCCCCUGGCUCCCUUUAUGAACCUGAUUGGUUUAGGCCCCUAUAACAAUCAUUACUGGACCCCAAAGACAGGAACCCAGCUAGAAAGGGCGGGAAUUGUGCUGCACUACGACAUCAAGUUCUGGCAGUUCAUCAGAAGGGAGACAUUAAAAGUGGAAGUAGACAAUAAAGGGAGAAAACUCUGUAUGAACCAGUUUAGGAGGGCAUUCUCCACUUGCAGAGUUCCAGGGGUCUUUAAGGAUCAACUGAUUUCUCAUUUUAAAACAGAAUCAGAGGGCCCUACACCCCUUCAUGCUGUGGUGUUAUAUAAAGGGCGGUUCUUCUGUUUCGAUAUUGUGGAUGAGAACGAGGAACCACUGAGACCCCCAGAGAUACAGCAGCAGCUGACCUUAAUCAAAGAACAGUGUGACAGGGAACCCCCAGGUAUCGGGCUUGGGGCUCUAACAGGGGAAACGAGAAAGAAAUGGGCAGAGUUCAGAAGUCGACUUUGUGCUUUGCAUCCAGAGAACUUUCACAACCUGAAGAAAAUUGAGACAAGUAUAUUUACUAUUACACUUGAUGAUUCUGAGCCAAAAGAUAAUUCUGAGGCAUUUACCUACUCAGGGGGAGAAACAAACUCCAGAGACAGAUGGUUUGACAAAUGUGUCAACCAUAUUUUCUACGAAAAUGGAAUAUGUGCUUGCAACUGUGAUCAUGCUCCUUUUGACGGAAUGGUCAUGGUGACAAGUACUUAUUAUAUUGACCUUAAUGUUCAAAGGUCAAAGGGCAGAUGGCAGGGUUCUAUGGAAAUUAGAAAACUUCCAAAACCAACAGAAUUAAAAUUCCAUGUUGACAGUGUCAUUAUGGAGGCUAUUCUUGCUGCUGAGAAAUUCUUCUUAGCUAAUGCAAGUAACCUAUCCUGUACAUCAUUUAAAUAUAAACAAUACGGCAAGAAAAAGUUACGGAAGUACAAACAUCACCCUGACACGCACGUACAACUGGCUCUGCAGUAUGCUUACUACAAAACCCACAACAAACCAGCUCCUGUAUAUGAGACUGCAAUGACAAGAAGAUUCUACCACAGUCGGACAGAAACCUUAAGAUCGUGUACUGUGGAGGCAGUAGAGUUCUGUAAAGCAAUGGGUAGUCCCAACGCUUCAGUUCAAGAGCAGAAGUUUGCAUAUAUGAAAGCAGCAAAAAAACAUAAUAAAUUAAUGGACGAAGCAAAGGAAUUGAAAGGAUGUGACAGACAUUUGCUUGGUUUAGCGACAAUAGCUGAAGAACUUGGUAUACCAAAACCAUUGCUGUUCCAAGAUAAAUCAUUCACAAAAAGUGGUGGGGGAGGAAACUUUGAGCUAUCCACUAGUUUUGUAGGGUACACUUCAGUGUUUGGGGGAGUAGGUGCAAUGACCAAUGACGGAUAUGGUUGUUUCUAUCACAUGGAACAAAACUACAUUGAGAUGGUGGUGACAACAUGGAGAACUAGUAAAAUUGCCAGAUCAGAAAAGUUUGCUCAAGUCAUUCAGGAAUGUUUGGACCACUUGGAUGGACUGGUUUUAACAGGCACACCAGUCUCCGCUAAACUCUGAUAUUGUUUAGCAAAACUGAGAGAUAUUGGCAGUAAUCUUAAACCUUUUUUUCGCUGAGUAUUUAAUAGUUCAAUCUAGAUCACUUUAUAAAGGGUCAUUAACUAUUAAUUUGUGGCCUCAGAGUGAUCAUGAGCCCCAUAAGACUUCAAAAUGACAUUUACAGCUAAGUAAUAAAAUCUUUUAAAUUAUAAACUUAAAGUAUCUAUUAAAAUAAACUGUCAAAAAUAAGAUGAAAAAAAAAAAUCCUAUGAUUUUUCCAAAUUUUUGUUUUCUUGUCUCAUUCCUUGUAUUUUACUUGAUUAUUUACAUGUGUUGAUUUAUUUUUUAAUUCAUUUUAUAAUAAUUUUUAAAAAUGAGGAUAUAAUGUAACUUGCAGCCUUUUUUUGUGAUUAAUAUUACUAGUAAUUGUCAGUGUUAAUACUGUAUAUAAGGUUAUUUUCGCCCUUUCAUACUCACAAACAAUUUUGCCCCAUUUUAAAUUUGCCCAGUCACAAAUCUUUUUAACAAAUUAAACUGUGAUUUUUGAUUUCGCCCCUUUUUAAAUUUGCUCACUUGUGUUUAGGACAAAAGGGGCGAAAAUAAAACGGGUCGAAAUUUUCCCUGUAUACAGUAUACACUUAUUUCAUGACUACAAGGGGAAGAGUCAAACUGUU